CUGAACACAGAAACAGGCAGAAUUGGAUGAUGAGCUUUUAAAUGGGCGUAUCACACUAACCGAGAAGUUCCACGGGAAUGUAAACUUCAUCAUUGGAACUGUUCCGGUGUUUAUUCAUAACGCACGCAUUACCAAUAUGUCUGAUUCAGGCCUCCUGUCUGAUUCCAAACAGUGUUCUCCGAUUUCAGGUAAAACCAUGCUAUCGGGAAUUGACGAGGAGCCAACGGAGAAUGGUCAUGAUGAGGAGUUGAAAGAUGGCUUAUUGGAACCGCCAGAAAUAUAUAUGAAAGACAGGCCAAGAGCGAAAUCCCUGCCCGCGUACCCAAAGCAGGCUACGCUUUUUGAAGAAAUAGCCAAUAACGGCCGAAAACGGGUGAAGUUCGCAGACUCCAUGGGGCUUGAUUUGGCAAGUGUGAAGCACUUCAGCACAACAGAAGAACCGCAAAUCCCUUCCAAGGUAUUUUUAAGACUGCAGAGCUUUCCCCCUCAACAACAGGACCGAGAGUAUCCAAUUGGGGACCUGUGCAUAAACUUUCAAUCCACCUUGACCAUGGACCGUCUCGUCCCAACUUUCAAGAUGCCAGUUGAGUCUGAACAUUUUGAGACCACGGUAUUGCAGCGCCACGUCAACCUGGAGAAGGUGACCAUCACCCGGUUUGACGUCCGUGGGCAGAUUCGGACAAAUAUUCAAAGUUGUUGUACGAGGGAAGUUGGUGUGAGGUACACGUUCAACGAGUGGCUGUCUUCCGUGGACGCGCAGGCGAUACCCAUGCCUGUGGAUGACAAUAUUGUCGGUGAGCGUUAUACCUUUACCUUGUACACACCUCCGUUCCUAGACCCAACUUCCUCGGUGCACUUCGCCGUGUACAUCAGGAAUGACCAGGGCGAGUUUUGGGAUAACAACAAUGGACACAACUAUACCUUGAAGUAUCACUGUACAGGCAUGGUGACCUACGAGAGCGCGGCAUUUCACGCCACUUAAAACGCGCUCUUAUGCACGUUCGUAAAGUUGGUGUCGUUCAACAAGUGUUCUUAGGAAGUUGUUCUCUAUCACGUGGAAUGAUAUAUACUUUUCAAUAAAGUUAGUAUUUUCCCCUUUA